UAUCAAAAAAGUUGUCGCAGAAAUAUGGAAACCAGAUUGCUUGUUUCUCAUUUACAUGCAUCGACAUACAAGUCAUACGGUUACAUUUUAUUUUUUUGGUAGUUUCGCAGCAUUUGCUGCACUGCCACUUGAACUGGGGCAGGGAGCGGGCAGAAGCAUGGACUUGGUCAAACCGGCUACAACUGCACCCAAGUCAUAUGGUUACAUAGACUUGCAUUCUUAUAAAUGCCCACAUAUUUCCGAUGUCAGAGUAUUAAUUAAUGUUUAAGCCCACUAUUCCUUAUUCCUAGGUCCUAGGUACUAAAAGCAUUAUUUCUCAACAACACUUGUGAGUAAUAAUAAUGAUCAUGGGUUGGUUUUCAUGGCUUUAUUAUAUGCUCCUCUUCUUUUUUAUUUCUUCCUCUGUUUCUUCUUCAUCAAUACCUCUAUCCUCUGCUCCUCCUCCGUUUUCUUCCUUUCCAUCGUGUCACAUUGACGACAGCAAAGCUUUGCUCCAAUUCAAGAACUCAUUUUCCAUUGAUUAUGCCUCUGUUGAUUUUUGUGAUAGGAAAUACAAUGUUCGUGAUCCAAAGACAAUCUCGUGGGAGAGUGGCACAGAUUGUUGUGGAUGGAGCGGAGUCACCUGUAAUAACAUAACAGGUCAUGUGAUCGGCCUCGAUCUUACUUGCGGCAUGCUUCGGGGAAUUAUUCAUUCCAACAGCAGCCUUUUCCUCCUUCGCCAUCUCCAGACUCUAAUCCUCUCAUCAGACAAUGAUUUCAGAGGCUCCACCAUUCCCCCUGAAUUUGGUACGUUUACAGAUUUGUUGCACCUUGAAAUCGAUUAUGCUAAUUUUGCAGGGGAUAUACCACUCGAAAUAUCUUACCUAUCUAAGCUUCAAACACUUGAAGUUUAUGAUGGAAAUCAACAACUGAGACUAAACACAUCUACCUUUAAAAGAAUUGUCACAAACCUAACCAACCUCCAAAACCUCACUUUGUCUUUUGUUGAUAUGUCUCGUGUUGAUCUUGCUUCUUUGAUGAAUUUGUCAUCUUCUUUGAAAUCUCUUCGGCUUUGGCAUUGUGGCUUACAAGGGAAUUCACCCAAUACCAUUUUCCACCUACCGAAACUCGAAAUCCUUUACUUAGAUGAUAAUGAAAAUCUCACCGGUUCUCUACCUAAAUAUAACUGGAGCAGUUCACUCAGGGAAUUGAGUCUUUCUUAUACAAAUUUCUCAAUAGAUAUACCUGAUCUAACUAGAAAUUUGAAGUCAUUGGAUGGAUUGUACCUUAGCAACUGCACAUUCAAGGGAUCAUAUCCUGUUUUGUUCGGUAACCUUACACAACUUAUUUCCAUAGACCUCUCCUACAAUAAUAUCAGUGGCCAGAUCCCAUGGUCGUCUUUUAAUCUAGAGCGCCUCACUUUUUUAAGUCUUGCAAGUAACAAUUUUAUAGGUGAGCUUCCUAAAAUUGAUAGUUAUAAUUCUACCCAAAUUUCUCUCUCACCUCAUUCUUCAAAAAACAAAUCACUCGGUCCUGUUCCAUGGAAUUUAGAAUCGCUUUCCUUAUCUAAUAACUUCCUAAAUGGAACAAUUCCAAAUUGGUUAUUUGCUCUUCCAUCUUUACAGUAUUUAGACCUUGGGAAUAACGAAUUCACUGGCCACAUUCCGAAAUUCGAGACAACUUCUUUGACUUCCCUUUAUUUAAAUAAUAACAAACUAAAUGGUUCCAUUCCAAUAUCAAUCUUUCAGCUAGUGAAUCUCACUGGGUUAGAUCUUUCAUCCUAUUCAUUAAGUGGUUUUCCACAAAUAGAUCUUUCAUUAAAUACACUUUCGUCAUUCAGUUCUAUCUCCUCCAAACACUCGGCCAACCACAGCAUUUUGCCUAAUUUAGGAUUUCUAAGACUUUCGUACAAUAAAAUUCAAGGAAAUGUUCCUAAAUGGCUAUUCAACGUGGGUAGAGAUUCUUUGACUUGGCUUGAUCUUUCAUACAAUUUUCUGACAAAUAUAGAGCGAAUUCCAUGGAAAAACUUGCAACUUCUUGAUCUUAGCUCCAACUUCCUUGACGGACAUCUUCUGCCAGGCAUUGGAAAUUUACGAUAUCUAAGUCUUUCACACAACCAAAUUCGAGGCAAUAUUCCCAAAUGGAUGUGGAAUGCGGGUACAGAUUAUUUGCAUUAUCUUAAUCUUUCUCACAACUUUCUGACACAUAUAGACCGAAUUCCAUGGAAAAAGUUGCACUAUCUUGAUCUUCGCUCCAACAUCCUUCAUGGACAUCUUCCAAUUCCACCACCAUCCAUUGAAGUCUUUUCUAUAUCACACAAUCAACUGAUUGGAGAGGUACCUUCACUGAUUUGCAACCUUAGUUCCCUUAAAGUUCUUGAUUUGGCUAAUAAUAGUUUGACUGGGAAACUUCCUCCAUGUAUGGGAAAUUUAAGUGGCAAUCUCUCAGUUUUGGAUCUAAGAAUGAAUAAGUUUCAGGGGACAAUUCCUACAACAUUGUUUGUGAAGGAAAAUUUAUUAAGGAAUUUGAACUUGAAUGGAAAUGAACUUGAAGGUUUGCUGCCGCGUUCUUUGCUCAACUGUAAGAAGUUGGAGGUUUUGGACAUUGGAAACAACCAGAUAAAUGGUACGUUUCCCCAUUGGUUGGAGUCUCUUCCAAUGCUGCAGGUUCUUAUUUUGAGAUCCAACAAAUUUUAUGGCUCUAUUGCUAGUCCCAUGGCUCCAUUUCCUUUCAAAAAGUUGCGGAUACUGGACCUUGCCGACAAUAAGUUCAGUGGUAUAUUGCCUGCAAAAUAUUUUGAAAGUUUGAUGGCAAUGAUGGAAACAGAUACUAGCAAGUUGGAAUAUAUGGGAGAAAUGUAUUAUCAAGAUUCUGUAUCUGUGGACAUGAAAGGUAUCUUUAUUGAAUUAGUGAAAAUUCAAACUAUUUUCACUACCAUUGAUCUUUCCAAAAAUAAUUUUGUGGGAGACAUUCCGAAAUUGCUUGGGAACCUCAAAUCACUUAAAGGGCUUAACUUUUCCCAUAACCAAUUGACGGGUUUUAUUCCUCCAUCAUUGGGAAAUUUAAGCGGUCUUGAAUGGUUAGACCUUUCUUCAAAUCAGCUUGUUGGUAGGAUUCCUCAACAGUUGACAGAUAUAACAUUUCUUGCAGUAUUAAACCUUUCCAACAACAGUUUGGAUGGACCCAUUCCACGUGGCAAGCAAUUUGAUACGUUCGAGAAUACUUCAUACGGUGGAAACUUGGGGUUAUGUGGACUUCCAUUGACCAAAACAUGUAGCAAUGAUGUGGAUGAGGUACAAAAAGAAGGUGAUGAGGAUGAGCAAACAAAUGGGUUUGACAUCUGGAAGAUUAUAGUGAUUGGCUAUGGAUGUGGAGUGGUGGUUGGAAUAUCAAUUGGAUACAUGGUGCUUUCAGAUAGAAGAAUUGCUCUGUUUUUUAUGAAAAAGCUUGGAGGAGAACGAUGGAUCAGAAGGAUCAGACGUUGGAAAGGUUGAUGGAUGAUGUUCAAGCAUGUUGAACAUGUCAUGUGAAUGUGGAUGUAGAAUGUCAUGUGGAUGUGGAUGUGGAACUUCUGCGUAAGGUUUCAGUCUCCUCUCUGGAUACCAAUUCCUUCGUCCGGGUGCAUAAUAUGUUUAGUGCUCCAUUAAGAGUGUCUCCAACUACUCACACUUCUCGGAAAAAACUAAGGCUUGGAAGAACUGAAAGCAAGCAAUGGCUUCAGCUUCAACGUUUUGCUCGGAGCUUAACAUUCAUAGAAACGGCAGCGUUUUAACUUUUAGAAUUCAGUUCUCUAGCUCCGCGGCCUACCAAUCAGGCUUCUCCUGAAAAUCAUUUCCGUUGUCAAUCCAGAAAGCUCCACAGUAUUGGACCAGUCCAUUUCCACGACCCGGUUCGAAUCCGAUUAUCCGCAUCGCAUUUGCAUCACACUUUCGAUGUCUUCAUCAAUGGGUUAACCCUUGCCCAGCCGUUCUUGAUGGGCUCCGACCUAUCCGUGGCUGUGGUCGACAAAGCCGUGCCUUGUUCUGGUGCCACUGGUGCUGGGCAGGGAUACUUAUGGAUGGUACAUAAAACUCCUGGCAGACAUAUUUGGGAUUUGGUAAUCAGAAAUGGCAGGCUUGGGAUGAUGUUGGCUGAGCGUCUACGUGAACAGGGCCUGGAUCCUCUUCAACAUUUGGGUUGGAAUAAUAAUAAAGGAAGUAUCUUAAUUGGUAGAAGCCAUGGAGAGUUGGAUGCAUUGAAAGGGAGGGUGACUUUGCUAAGGCAUGCUGGGUUAAGAGCAGAGUAUUUGUCUGGUGGUGAAUUGCUUUUAAAGGAACCUGAUCUCCUGGUUGAUGAAGAUAGUGUGGCUGCAUUUGUACCUGGUGACUGUCAAUAGGAUGCUCAACAUGCUACUGCACAUAUUCAAGAGGUUAACAGGCAUUUUUCAUCUGAAGGCAGAUACGUUGAGUUCUUUUAUGAUCAAGUGACAAGUUUAUUAAGGUUUGUUGUCAUCCUUUUUGGUUGUGCUAGAAGCUGCAAUGACUGGCCAAAUAUAAAAAUGGAAAUUGUGUUAAGGUUUUGAUAUAUGCAUUGUUUAAGUGACAGUUGCAGAUGUUGGACCUCGCCAACAAUGAGUUUUGUGGGAAAUCGCCAGCAAAAUAUUUUGAAGUUUGAUGGCAAUGAUGGAAACAUAUACCAGCAAGUUGAAAUAUAUGGGAGAAAGUUAUUACCACGAUUCUGUAUCUGUGGAGAUGAAAGGCAUCUUUAUUGAACUAAUGAAAAUUCAAACUAUUUUCACUACCGUUGAUCUCUCCAAAAACAAUUUGGAGGGAGGGAUUACGAAAUUGCUUGGGAACUUUAGAUUACUCAAAGGGCUUAACUUUUCUCACAACAAAUUGAUGGGUUCUAUUCCUCCAUCAUUGGGAAACUUAAGCUGUCUUGAAUGGUUAGACCUUUCCUCAAAUCAGCUUGUUGGUAGCAUUCCUCAACGGUUUGACAGAUAUAACAUCUCUUAAAUAUUAAACCUUUCAAAUAAUAGUUUGGAUGGACCCAUUCCAUGUGGCAAGCAAUUUGAUACAUUUGAGAAUAAUUCCUACAGUGGAAACUUGGGGCGUUGUGUGGAAUUCCAUUGACCAAAACAUGUGGCAAUGAUAUUGAUGAGGCACAAAAAGAAGGUGAUGAGGAUGGGCAAACAAAUGGUUUGACCUCUGGAGAUUGUAGUGAUGGACUAUGGAUGUGGAGUGGUGGUUGGAAUAUCAGUUGGAUAAAUGGUGCUUUCGGAUAGAAGAAUUGCUCUGUUUAUGAGAAAGCUUGGUGGAGAACGAUGGCUUAGAAGGAUCAAAUGUUGGAAAUGUUGAUGGAUAAUGACGACGGGCCACAAGGAUCAGAUGUUGGAAAGGUUGAUGGAUAAUGUUCAAGUAUGUUGAACAUGUCAUGUGGAUGUGGACGUGGAACUUCUACGGAAGGUUUCAACCUCAUCUCUAGAUACCAAUUCCUUUGUUUGGACGCAUAAUAUGUUUGGCGUAUUGCUGCUUCAUAUAGAAUGUUUCCAACUACUCCCACUUCUCGAAAGAAAAAACUGAGGCUUGGAAGAAUUGAAAGCAAUGGCUUCAGCCUCAAUGUUUUGCUUAAAGCUUAACAUUCAUAGGAACGAUGGCACUUAAACUCCAUUGUGAACUUGCUUCUCUAACUUUGUGGCCUACCAGUCGGGCUUCCCCAGAAAAUCAUUUCUGUUGUCAAUCUGGAAAGCUCCACAGAAUCGAACAACUUCAUUUCUAUGGCCCUGUUCGAAUCCGAUAUCUGCAUGGUAAUCACGUCACACUUUUGAUGUCGUCAUCAUCGGGUUGACCAUUGCAUGGCAGUCCUUGAUGGGUUGGACCUAUCUGUGGCUGUGGUCGACAAAGCUGUGCCUUGUUCUGGGUGCGUAUGUUCUACUUGAUUUCUCUGUUUGGUUGCUAAGAAAAUGUAGUGAAAAAAAAGGGGGAAAAUUUGAACAUAGCGAGUUUAAUUUUGGGUCUUCGUCUCUUGGUGACGUUUGAAUAUCUAAAGGCAAGUUUUCUUCAUUUGUUUGGCAUUUUGAGGUGGUUGUAAUUUUAGGGCAGGGAUAGUUAUGGAUGGUACAAAAAACCCCUGGCACUCAUAUUUGGGAUUUGGCAAUCAGACGUCACAGGCUUUGGGCGAUGUUGGCUGAGAGUCUACAUGAACAGGGCUUGGAUUCUCUUCAACAUUUGGGUUGGAAGGAUAAAGGAAGCAUCUGAGUUAGUAGAAUUGCUACGGGAUGCUGGGUUAAGAGCAGAAUAUCUGUUUUUAUGCUGGGUUAAGAGCAGAAUAUCUGUCUGGUGGUGAUUUGCUUUUAAAGGAACCUGAUCUCCUUAUUGAUGAGGAUAGUGGGGCUGCAUUGGUACCUGGUGACUGUCAAUAGGACGCUCAACGUGCUACUGCAUAUAUUCAAGAGAUUCUUAUAUAUAUGUACAGAUCCAUACAAAGGCACACACAGUUACACAUUUUACAUAGUUAAUUAGUUACGGUUCAUGUGUAGGUUAACAGGAAUUUUUGCAUCUGAAGACAGAUAUGUUCAGUUCUUUUAUGACCCAGUGACAAGUUUAUUAAGAUAUCAUAGCAGUGAGGAGGUCAUAGCUGUUAAGGAUUCCAAGCACACCUUAUAUAGUAAGAAGGCCAUUGUUGUGGCGGCUGAUUGUUGGAGUAGGUCACUGAUGCAUGACCUGUUUAGAGAGUCUGAAAUUGUGCUGGAUGCCCCUGAAAAGCCUCAAAAGGUGUGAAUCUAUAAGGGAAUUGAAAGACUAUCCAUGAUGAGUAGAGAAAGAAGGGAUAAGCACUUGAAACUUUUGUCCAAAGUCCAACAAAGUUUUCUUUUAAAUUGGGUCAAAUUUCAUGUGAAACUCCUUUUAAACAAUUUAGGUAAAGGGUACAAUGAAAGGGUCACCAGUUAGUGCUCGAGAAUUUUGAUUCCCUUAAAGUUAAUCAUGGUCAGAUGGAGGCUGGAUACGUCAACCAUUAAACUGCCACUCUUCCCAGAAUCUUGACUUCAGAAGCAUUUGAUAAUGGGCAAAUUUUGUCUAUUUCAAUGAUAGCCACCAUGGAUUCAAUGGGGAACCUUGUUCUUGGUAUAAUUUAAUAGCUACCUUCUGGACAACAUGAUCGAGGGAGCAGCUGCCAGUUUGUUGGGUUCAACACUGAAGUGGAAGAAUCCAUUGCUAAUAGCAUAUAGAAUAGAGCCAUGGAAUUCUUUCCUUAACUAAGAGAACAACCCGUUUCAGAUUUAAUUAAGAACGGAAGAGUGCGAACAGGAUUGCGACCUUACAUGCCUGAUGGAAAGCCAGUAAUUGGGUUUGUGCCAGGUUUGGCAAAUGUGUUUCUUGCAACCGGUCAUGAAGGAGGAGGACUUUCCAUGGCUCUGGGGACUGCUGACAUGGAAGCUGAUAUGGUGCUGGGCAAUUCGGAAAAAGUUGAUUCUGCAACUUCUGCUGUUCAAGGCCGAUAUUGUUAAUAAACAAUCGAGUCUGCACAUAUGUAACUGCACAUAUAAUUGUUCUAUUUCGUGUAGUCAUUUUCAAAUAUUUUCUCUGUAAAUUAACAAUUAAGAAUAACCACAAAUGCAGUCAAGUAACAAAAUGAAAGUAUUAUUUGAGUUAACUAGAA